GAACAAAUGUGUCUGUCUUGAACUGCAGUCGGACGAAUUGUCUUGAUGCGCAGCAGGCUCACUGGGGCUCUCAAUGAAAAUAUCUCUGAAAACAGAACAGUAAGGCGUCUACUUUAUCAUUCCCAGCAGUUUUUGUGGAUGAAACUUUCUAAAACAUAAGAGAAGAUGGCUUUGCGAGCUUGUGGGUUUAUAGUGUUUCGUCGCCUCGCCGGCCUCAACCCCCCUCCGGGGAAUAUCGAGUAUCUCCUCUUGCAGACUUCCUAUGGGGAGCACCACUGGACCCCACCCAAAGGUCACGUUGACCCAGGUGAGGAUGACCUCACCACGGCUCUAAGGGAGACCAAGGAGGAAGCAGGGUUGGGGGCGGAGCAUCUGAAGGUUAUAGACGGCUUCGUGCAGGAGCUGCGCUACGAGGUUCGCGGCAGACCCAAAGAGGUGCUGUACUGGCUGGCCGAGCUGAGAAGCCCGGAGGCGGCGGUGACGCUGUCCGACGAGCACCAGGACUACCGCUGGGCCCAGCUGGAGGAGGCCUGCAGGCUGGCGGGGUACAAAGACUUGCAGGAGACACUGAGGGCCGCUCAGAGACACUUGGAGGCUCAGCGGGACUAACACUGAGGAAAGAUCAUUCAGAUAAAGUUUUUUUUUUUCUUUCUCAGGGUUUAAGUUAAAUAUUCGUCUCCGUUUGUAUCUAUAGAUUCUGCUCUUUAAUCUACUGAGAAGUGAAAAAGAAAUGGAUAAAUAUAAAAUGCAGUUUUCAAAUGAUGAUUUCAUUUAUCUUUCAACAAAACGAACAUUUCAAAUGACCUGAAAUGAGUUUUUAACAUUAACUUUUCUUUCUUUUAAUAGUAAGUGAAGCUAUCAUAAAAAAUUGUUUUUAUGUUUACUGUUACAAUCAUCUCCUAAUAAUCUGGAACAAAAACUUAUAUGACCUGUAAAAGGCAGCGACUUCUUACGCUAAAUCUGGGCUGCCUUGGAGACACGUUUAUGUGUAUGUGAUAACAUACUUUAUGUACAGGUACUUCAUUGGUUUUAGUCACAUGAAGAUCUUUAAAUAAAAACAUUUUGAUGUAAAAAAAAAAAAAAAUCAAAAACACAUCGUGUAGGAAGAAGAAACUCAAUACAGCCGGACUUUUAAGAAGAAAAAAAACGCCUUUUGCUCACCUUUGUUAAUUAUAACACUUCACGGUUAAUAUUAGAGGCGCCACGGCUCUUCAUCUGACUCCAUUGUCAGUUGUAAACAUUUGAUUGUACCACAAGGGGGAGACAAACACAACGCCACGAAGCUUAAAGAAUAUUUCACCUUCUUGACAGCUUGACAAAGUUGAUGCUGCACAGAAGAUAAGCAUGCAGCUUCAUUACUAUGAACAUACAACAUGUAAGAAAUAGUGGCCUUAUUGAAAGCAAGCGUGUUUUUAUUUCACAUAGGUGUUUGAUCUCAUCCAAAAACAUUUUUAUGUUUUUUUUUGGUGUAAUGAGAAGGAAAAUAUUCUCAAGAUGCAACUGAUGAGGAUAGCCAUAACCCGAAUGACUGAAAAUCCACACUAAAAAUGAGUGGGGG